AUUAUCUGUAGGAUUAGGUAGCAUCAUGCCAAUGUCAAAAGUUGAACGUAUGAAGUGGAAAAAGAAAAAGAAAAAGAAGAAAGCUAAGGGAGGCAUGACCAAGGAAGAAAUCAAAUUGCGGAAGAAGAAUGCCUCAUCCAAGCUGCUUUUGAAGGCGAAGCAACGCAAGCAGAAAGGGAAGGGGAUGAAAUUGAAAAAAUCUGCGGCAAGGAAGCUGAAACUUGGAGCUGUCUUGGAAGACGAGAUGGACAGCCUGUCCAGGAUGAAGAGCCUUCUACAUGAUAAACUUCUCAGUCCUGCAGACAAGACUUUACAAGACACAGUGUCUCGUCAGAUGGCUGAUGCUUUGGAAGCGGAUAUGUCUCCUGAUCAGACGGAAGCAUCCAACGCCAAUGUACACCAGGUUGCCAAUGAAGUCACCGUGGGGAGUGUUGCUGUGUCGGGUGGACCUCGCAUCAAGCAUGUCUGCAGGAGACAAUCCGUGGCCCUGGGCUACUCACCAGCCCGCUACGAAGGGCAGGGGCCCACUAGCCAUGAUAGCCUCAAACUGAGUGCUCUGCCGUUCAAGGAGAGGAAGAAGCUCUUCACGAGUGAUGAUGACAACAGUGACACUGAAACUGGGUCAGAGGGUGAUCUCUAUGGCAACGAAACGUCGCCCCGACUCUCCACCCGAAAGCGGAAGCCGACGGCCAAGAAGCGUGCCAUGGAGGGGUUCCUCACCAUGGACGAGGAGGCCAAUUAUCUGGAGAAGAAUUAUUCAGACUUUGCUACCAAGAAAGAGGCAAAAAAAGUCUUGAAGCUCAAGAAAGCCUUGCAGCAGAAGUCUGAGAUGGCUUCGAUGUCGACGCCCUGGUCGUCGAUGCCUGAAGGAGAUGAGGAGCUUAAUGUGAAGAGGAGGUCGAGGUGCGGACAGUGCUCAGCCUGCUUGCGCAAAUAUGAUUGCAAGAAAUGUGCAAACUGCCUGGACAAGCCCAAGUAUGGUGGUCGCGGUACCAAGAAGCAAGCGUGCAUACAUCGUAAAUGUCACAAUCUGGUCAAGAUGAAGAUGUGGAGGUUGAAGCAGAUGAAAGCCAAGAAACUCAUGGCUGUCCCAGAGCAAGCACAAAAGGCUCCAUCUGUUCCUAGACCUGCUGGGGCCAGGAUAAAGAGAGCUGGAGGGGACGUGCUGGAUGAACUAGCCCUGGUCCCGAGCAAUAAGAAGGGCCAAGCGGGGGGUGAGAAGACUGAUGCGAACUCCAAGUCGCUGAGGACUGUCAAGUUUUCUAAGAAGAUCCGUGGUAAACAUUUCAUCAAGACUGACUUUAAGGAUGACUAUGAUAUGUCUGUUGCAUGGAAGCGUGGAAUGGUGAUCAUUUCUUCAGACCCUAUGAUACCCAGGACUAUAUGCUAUCUAUGUGGCAGCAAUGGCAAACAUGAGCUGGUGUAUUGCAACGUUUGCUGCGAGCCUUUCCAUGACUUCUGCCUGGAAGAGGAUGAGCGCCCUCUACCUGACGAAAAGGAGAACUGGUGCUGUAGGAACUGUCGGUUCUGCCACGUCUGUGAUCACCAAGAUAAGCUGUUGACUUGUCAUAAGUGUCACUGUAGCUAUCAUGCAGAGUGCCUUGGUCCUAACUACCCCACGAAACCAUCCAAGAAGAGGAAAAUAUGGGUGUGUUCUCGCUGCGUGAGAUGCAAGAGUUGUGGUGCUACCACUCCAGGCUCAGACCCUAAAGCUCAGUGUACAUUAUUUAUUGUUGUCAGAUUAGUUAAAAGACUGGUGAUCAAGUCUUUUCUUCAUGCUAUCCCCAUUACAGGUGUGUUCUCGCUGUGUUAG